AUGGAAUUUCCUUUGCUACUACUUACUUUAGGAAUCCCUAUAAUUAUUUAUGUAAAUGCUCAAACUGAAAAAAAUUCUAGUGAACCUCUUCCAUAUCCAACCUACGAAAGAAUUCCUAGAGGAUUAACUUUUACAUGUAAAUCAAGGGGACCUGGAUACUUUGCAGAUCCUGAAGCUGGUUGUCAGGUGUGGCAUUGGUGUUUGCCAUCGGGUGCAAAAUACAGUUUUCUUUGCCCUAAUGGAACUCUUUUCAAUCAGCGAGUGAGGGUUUGUGAUUGGUGGUUUAAUGUCGACUGCAUGGAUGCACCAAAUAAUUAUAACGUCAAUGAUGAUCUGUAUAAAAAUGCCGAUGGAAAACCUAUAUAA